AUUAUACAAAAUCAAACACUCAUAACUCAUGUACUCAUUCAUUAACCUCUGAGAUUUUUGUUUCUGUUACUGAUGGUCAUGGAGAUCUUCCGCACACGCUCAUCUUUCUUUCUCUUGCUAUUCUUUUUAUCAUCCUUCUAUGCAUUUUCUUUUGCCGUCUCUUUCUCUCCCAUCGACAACUACCUCGUUGACUGCGGCUCCACCGUGGACGCUACCAUAGAUAACCGCCGAUUCGUUUCCGACUCCUCUCGCUCCAAAUCGCCUCUGUGCAGUUCCUUAACUCGGUCUAUCCAACUCAGUGACCACAGCUCCACUUUACCCCAAAUUUAUAACUCUGCUAGGGUUUUCGAUAGACCUUCAAAGUAUGUUUUCAAGAUCAGAGAUCAGGGGACACACAUGAUACGCCUCCAUUUUCUCCAAUUGAAUUCUUCGGAUAUCGAUUUUGCUGAUGCUAAAUUCCAUGUUUUGGUUAACGGGUAUGUCGUUUUGAGUAAUUUUAGUGGGGUUCAUAACUUGUUAAGUCCUAGGGUUAAGGAGUAUUUGAUCUUGGUUCAUGAUGAGAAGCUCGUAAUUACGUUUGUGCCUGCUAGAAAAUCGAAAUUUGCGUUUGUUAAUGCCAUUGAAGUGAUAUCUGCACCUAAAGAUUUGAUUUUGGAUACUGUUCAGUUUGUGAAUGGGGAUAAAAUUGAGAAAUUUGAUGGGUUAAGUAAACAAGCGCUUGAAGUUAUGCAUAGGCUUAAUGUGGGUGGAUCUAAAGUGACACCGUUUAAUGAUACUUUGUGGAGGACUUGGUUGCCUGAUGAUGAAUUUUUGAAAUCUAGUGAUGGAUUAAAAAGGGUGUAUUUUAGUGGUAGGAUUAAGUAUCAGAGGGGAGGGGCAAGCCGUGAAGUUGGUCCUGAUAAUGUGUAUAACACCGCCCGAGUAAUUGUUAGCACAAAUGCUUCAAUUCCUAAUUUGAAAAUGACUUGGGAGUUUCCUGUGGUUGAGGAUUAUAAGUAUCUGGUUAGGUUGCAUUUCUGUGAUAUUGCUAGUAUAUCUGUUGGUUUGCUAUUUUUCAAUGUGUAUAUUAAUGGGAAUUUAGCAUAUAAAGAUUUGGAUCUCUCUUAUGUUACGGCUUAUACAUUGGCUUCUCCAUUUUAUACGGACUUUGUGGUUGAUGGUGAUCACUCGGGGGUUUUAAGUGUUAGUGUUGGACCAUCAGAAAAAAGCUUGGACCAUGCUGUUGACGGUAUUCUGAAUGCAGUGGAAAUCAUGAAGUUGAAUAAGACUAUGGGUAUUCUUGAUGGAGAGCAGUGUGCAGGGUUGAUCUUGAAUAGUUGGCCAAGGGGAAAUAUUGGCAUUUUGAUUCCUUUGGUUGCUGCUCUGUGUGUGAUGCUAAGUUUAUCCGCGUUUAUGCAUAAGAGGUGGAAUGGGGUGAAGAACUCUAUGGGAUGGCAUAAAUUGCCUACGGAUGUUCCUGAAGUGAAUCCAAAGCAUGGAAAUCGACACAUAUCAGUAAAAAUGUGAUGGCUUUUUCUUUUAAAAAAUAAUUUCGAUGCUUCUUCGUAAUAGUCAACUAGAUUUUGUUGUAUACACUUUGGGCAUUAAAUAUGAGGGAUUAUAGUUACAACCUCGCGUGUGUUAGAAUAUAUUGUAUGUAAGUUGUAUCAAUAUAAUAUAUUGUAAUUUGGAAUUUCAUUUUUCUGCAUUUGGCAAUAUAUCAUGCAGUUUAUGUGAUGCAAGAAUUGUAA